AGGACGCUGGUGGCGACGGAACUCGGGUUUAGCUGGAAUUCGUCGGCCAUCGAAAGAAAAUGGCGACCGUGAUCAGACUUUAAUCGCGCAAGCGAAUGUGCAUCGAAUGUUCCAUGGUGAUCGGUAGUGAAUCGCAGAAGCGAUCGCGUUUAUCAGCUCCGGGCGAACGGUGUGCGAUCGGUUCGGAUGUGCGAAUGAUUGGGCAAACAUGCAGAAUGUAGCACAAGGAUCCGGCGCCGAUAACAAUCCGAAAAUAGAAAAAGUUGUGAACAUUCACCAGCAGCAGCAGCAGCAGCAGCAGCCACCGCAGCCGCAGGACUCGUCGUCGACACCGCGCUCGCAUUCGACCACAAAUUCGAGUCCGGCCAAAUCCGAGACGGAGACGUACUCUGAGCAUCGCCAGUACAUCUCCGACACGUCGGAGAGCGAAGAGGACAGCGUUUCUGAGGUGGAAUCGUUCGUGAUCGACGAAGGGGACAAUUCGUUGGAGGCGGCGAAAUUUCUGCUUAACGCGCAGCAGAAUCGCACCGUUGAUCCGUUGACGCAAGCGCGUAUUGAGCAGCUGCUGCAGGCUGCGGGUAUCGGGCAGCUUGCCACCAAGGAUGGUAAACAUCUAGCCGAUCCGGAAGUCUUGCGCCGGCUGACAUCGAGCGUCUCAAGCGCGCUGGACGAGGCAGCGGCGGCGCUGACGCGCAUGCGGUCCGAUACUUAUCCCGGCAGCAAUAGUAACAACCCUCAGGCGGCGCCACAGCAGCCGCAGCUGCAGCAGCCGGAGAAGACGUCGCUGGUGGAGGCGUGCACCGACGGUGAUGUGUGCACGGUUAAGAAGCUGCUGACCGAGGGACGCUCCGUGCACGAGACGUCCGAGGAGGGCGAGAGUCUGCUGUCGCUCGCUUGCAGUGCAGGCUACUACGAAUUGGCGCAGGUGCUGCUCGCGAUGAACGCCAACGUCGAAGAUCGCGGCAUCAAGGGCGAAUGCACGCCGCUGAUGGAGGCCGCGUCGGCCGGCCACUUGGAUAUUGUCCGUCUGUUGGUGCGGCAUGGCGCGGAGGUGAAUGCGCAGUCCACCACGGGCAAUACGCCGCUGAUGUAUGGCUGUGCCGGCGGACAUCAGGAUGUUGUUAAAUUUCUGCUCGAAAAGGGCGCCAAUGUCGAGGACCACAAUGAGAAUGGGCAUACGCCACUGAUGGAGGCGGCCAGCGCCGGCCACGUCGGCCUGGCGAAGAUCCUCCUCAUGCACGGCGCCGGCAUCAACACGCACUCGAACGAAUUCAAAGAGUCUGCGCUUACGUUGGCCUGCUAUAAGGGCCAUUUGGAUAUGGUUAAGUUUCUGCUCGAGGCCGGCGCCGACCAGGAGCACAAGACCGACGAGAUGCAUACCGCCCUCAUGGAGGCCUCCAUGGAUGGGCACGUGGAGGUGGCGCGCCUGUUGCUCGACUCGGGCGCGCAAGUUAAUAUGCCGACGGACAGCUUCGAAUCGCCGCUCACGCUGGCAGCUUGUGGCGGGCACGUUGACCUCGCCAUGCUGCUCAUCGAGCGCGGCGCCAACAUCGAAGAGGUCAACGAUGAGGGUUACACGCCGCUCAUGGAGGCGGCUCGCGAAGGCCACGAAGACAUGGUGGCGCUCCUGUUGAACCAGGGUGCGCACAUUAACGCGCAGACGGAUGAGACGCAGGAAACUGCUUUGACAUUGGCUUGUUGCGGUGGCUUCACCGAAGUGGCCGAUUAUCUCUACCAAGCGGGCGCUGACAUUGAACUGGGAGCAUCAACACCGCUGAUGGAGGCGGCGCAAGAGGGACACCUGAAGUUGGUCGAGUAUCUCCUGGAGAAGAAUGCGAAUGUGCAUGCGCAGACGCAGACAGGCGAUACUGCUCUCACGUACGCGUGCGAAAAUGGCCACACUGAUGUGGUGGACAAACUGCUGCAUUAUGGCGCGAACAUGGAGCACGAGUCCGAGGGUGGUCGUACCCCGCUGAUGAAGGCUUGCCGUGCGGGUCACCACUGCGCCGUGCAGUUCCUCAUCACCAAGGGCGCCAAUGUGCACCGACAGACAACCAACAAUGAUCACACCCCACUAUCGCUAGCUUGCGCCGGCGGACAUUUGAACGUUGUUGAGCUGUUGCUGGCGACUGGUGCUGACCCCAACCAUAAGCUCAAGGACAAUUCCACCAUGUUGAUCGAGGCGGCCAAAGGCGGUCACACAACGGUCGUUCAGCUCUUGCUCGACUUUCCUCAUUCGAUGCUGAUGAAUCAACCUUCUGCGACGGCGGCCACUAUGCUCCCCGGCCAUGUGUCUCCCUUGCCCAGCAACGCCACGCAGAGGAUGAACUUUUUCCAACCGACUGCAGAUUUCUCGCCGGCGGUGCUGCAAGAGGUCCCCGAAGCGGUUCGCAUCGUGCCACAUGAGGAGGGCGUCGACAAGCAACUAGCUGAGAGCCUGGCUCAGGCGGAUUCCACUGCUACCGCGUGCAAGGACAAUGUGCGCACCUCUGGCGUCAAUGUUAUCUUUGACACGGCGCUUACCACCGCCGAGGCGCAGCAGGUGCGCAGUCAGCCUUUGGCGUUCAGCGAGUUUGAAGACUGCGAUCUGUACGCUGCCACCACCGCCACAAUGGAGUUUCUGGCCAAGCAGCAGACGACCCAAGCACCCGGCGGUCUUAUCGACAAGAAGACUAGCAUCCUGGAGUACGUGAAAAAUCGCAAGAAGCUGCCAAUCCAAGUCCCCCCCACCGCGGUGUCCAGCGACGAGGGCAGUCAAAAGCAGCAGAUACUCGAUGAACUUCACAGAGUGGAUAGAGAGUUUAGCGGAAAGCAGCAGCAACAACAACAGCAGCAGCAGCAGCAGCAGCAGGCGCUGUUUCCGGCUAAUGCAGUGCCUCAGGACGACAAUUCUCAAGCACCACUGCCGCACAGGUCUAUUAUUGAUAUUGACAUUCAAGACGACGGCGUGGGCGGAAAGCGGUCGGUAUUUCCAGUUCAGGAUUUGAACGCAUUUUAUGCGGGAGUGCAGGCCGCCGACCUCAUUUACCAGACGGCGCAGAACCAACAGCCGCCGUUUUGUUUCCCUCCCAUUAGCGCCACAGCCGCUACUACCACGACGGUGACGCCGGUCAAGAUUCAGCCGCACGCCGACGUUAGCCAGAAUACCGCCAUCAGCGACCGCCCGAAGGCGAAACCUGUCUCGAAGAAAGAAGGCAAGAAUGUGCGCAAGGUUUACACUUUCCAGCAAUUGCCGCCACCGCAACUGCCGAUGGUGCAGCCCGACGUGGCGAUUACGGCCGCGCCAACCGGCAGCACAGCAACACCGAUUGCCACUGCCGCAGCGGCGACCUCAGUCGACAAGUCGCUCUAUCCCCUGGAUCUCGAUGAUGCGCAACACGACAACCUCAACACGGCCAACUUCCUGCAAGACCUGCACAACCAUCCACUCAUUCGCGCCGCCUUUGUCUCGUCACCGUCUGCCACUUCUACAUCCACUUCGCCGCCAGUGGUCGCGCCGCCGAAGAAAGCCAAUCUUGAUUAUGUCUUCAAAAGUGCGACCAAGUUUAUUGAGAAGCACACCAAGGAUUUGCAGUUGCAGGAUUGCAUUGUCGAUGACCUGCAGUGUUAUAAUAUUGGCGCUGACCAGCCACAGCAGUCGCCUGUGCCGACGCAGUUUUCCGAAUCUCUGGACGAAAAUAUGCUGCAAUCACUCGCCCAGCAGCAGCAGCAGCAGCAGCAGCAGGAUUUAGCCGCCGGCGAUGACCACGACGGGGACGUGUCGCGCGUGGAAUACUUUGCCGUACCGAAUCACAGCGUCGACUUGGCGGGCGUGCAGCGCACUUUUGAUCCGUACGAACAAUAUCUGCAGGCUGUCGGCAACAAUACCACCGGCACGUUGAUCAAAACGGCUUUCUGUCGCGGCUUCCAAGCGCAGGCCAACUACAGUCGCAUGCAGCAUGCGACAAUGGGCACGGCGGACCAGCAGCCGGCGAUGCCGAUCAUCACCGAGACGGACGUGUCACCAACGUGCACGCACAUUGGUCCUACCACAAUCGUUCAGACGAAUCACUAUUGUCAGGUGUCGUGCAGUCAACACUUGAAUCAGGUCCAAGCCGCAACGCAGACGCAGAUUCAAACGACGGCUGUUGACGCGGGCAAGAAGUGCACCAAGACCAGCAGUUCUUCUACCACUGGCGCCACUAGCGCAGUGGAUAGCGUGAAGAAGAAAGACCGAUACUUGUAUCGGAAUGUCCAGAAGAAGAAACUGAUGGACCCGAAUGCGAUUGGCGCGCAGUAUGGCGACACGGUCGCCGUGCACUGUCCGGCGGUGGACCAGGCCAACUUCUGCAUGGAUGUGGACUCGGAGACCGAAAGCAAUCACGAUACUGCACUCACGUUAGCUUGCGCCGGCGGCCACGAGGACCUGGUGGGAUUGUUGAUUCAGCAUGGCGCCGACAUUGAGCAUCGUGACAAGAAGGGUUUUACGCCGCUGAUUCUUGCCGCGACCGCCGGGCACGAGAAGGUCGUGGAGUUGCUGCUCAAACACAAUGCCGAUAUUGAGGCGCAGUCGGAGCGAACCAAGGACACGCCACUGAGUUUGGCAUGUUCCGGAGGGCGGUACGAGGUGGUCGAAAUUCUGCUGAACCGCAACGCUAAUAAGGAACAUCGCAACGUUUCCGAUUAUACGCCACUGAGUCUGGCUGCAUCGGGCGGCUACGUGAACAUUAUCAAACUGUUGCUGCAGCAAGGCGCAGAGAUCAAUUCACGCACCGGCAGUAAGUUGGGUAUCUCUCCCUUGAUGUUGGCUGCGAUGAAUGGCCAUACGGCGGCGGUGAAACUCCUCCUCGACCUGGGCAGUGACAUAAAUGCGCAAAUCGAGACCAAUCGGAAUACGGCGCUAACACUGGCUUGCUUUCAGGGCCGGCAUGAAGUUGUCAGCCUUCUUUUGGAUCGAAAAGCUAAUGUUGAACAUCGCGCCAAGACUGGACUGACGCCCCUAAUGGAAGCUGCCAGCGGCGGCUACGUAGAUGUGGGCCGAGUUCUCCUCGACAAAGGCGCAGAUGUCAAUGCUACGCCGGUGCCGUCGUCAAGGGACACCGCGCUGACCAUCGCCGCCGAUAAGGGACACGUGCGGUUUGUCGAUCUGCUCCUGAACCGUGGUGCGGCAGUGGAGGUGAAAAAUAAAAAGGGCAACUCUCCCUUGUGGUUGGCGGCGAACGGCGGGCAUUUGAAUGUGGUUGAACUGUUGCAUGGGCUUGGGGCCGACAUCGAUUCGCAGGACAACCGAAAAGUGUCUUGUCUAAUGGCGGCCUAUCGCAAGGGACAUGUCAAGGUCGUGAAGUGGAUGGUUAAUCACGUGACGCAAUUUCCCAGCGAUCAGGAGAUGAUCCGCUAUAUGACCACGGUGAGUGAGAAAGAUAAUGACCUUGUCGACAAGUGCCACGAAUGCAUUAAGAUUAUUCGCGCCGCGAAGGAAACGCAAGCGGCGAAGGCCAACAAGAACGCUUCGAUUUUGCUCGAGGAAUUGGACAUGGAGAAGAAUCGCGAAGAGUCGAAGAAGGCAGCGGCUGCGCGGAAGCGCGAACGCAAGAAGAAGAAGAAGCUCGAGAAGAAGGAGGAGAAGCGCAAGUUGUUUGAGGAGAACAAGAAGAACGAGUAUUAUGAGGACAAGGACGAUGACGACAAGGAUGACGAAGACGAAGAGGACGAAAAGGUGCCGAUUCCACCUGUUGCCGUUGAGCAUUCGGCUGACAAGGAAGAGGGCGACAGUGGCAUCGACGCCAAUAGUCAGGGUAGCUGCUCUAGCAACGAUGUUAAGUCGAAAGAGAAGCGCAAGGAUAAGAAGAAGAAGAAACCCAAUGGCACUCUUGGCUCCUCCACCACCACCACCACCACCAACACUUCAUCUUCGACAACGGGUCCGCUGUCAACCACCGUCGUGCCGAGCCCCACAAUAAAUAUUAGUGCUACACCGAUUACAACGUUAAAUAAUAAACCUUCCAUGGCGAGCGUCAAACCAGAGAGCAAGAAAGAGAAACAGAAGACCAAGAAUGAGUUGCGCAAGGAGAAGCUGCAAGCCCAGCAACAGCUCUUGCAACAACAGCAGCAGCAACAACAAUUGCUGUCCGAAGCUGUCUGCACCAAGAGUCCUGCCGAUCGCGACGAGUUUGAGCCGUCCGGCAGCGACAGUUUUGUCACGCCGCGCAAGAAAGAAGCCGAGAUUACUAAAUCGUCAAGUUCCUCCACCAGCCCCAAACAGGGUAGCAAGCGUGAAGAGGGUUGGAAAGAGGUGGUGCGCAAGUCAUCCGUACAACCCACGCAAUCGGACUCUGGCGUGAAGAAGGUGUCUGUCCCGCUGAAUGCAAUUUCGCGCGUGAUAGGCCGCGGCGGCAGCAACAUUAAUGCGAUUCGCGGCGCAACCGGCGCUCACAUUGAGGUGGAGAAGCAGAGCAAGGGACAAGGCGAGCGCAUCAUCACCAUCAAAGGCUCCACUGAUGCUACGAAACAAGCGCAUACUUUGAUUGCGGUGCUAAUUCGCGAUCCGGACGCAGACAUAUUGCAAAUGUUGCCCAAGACAAAGGCUCCGCCAGUAGCCACUACCCUCUGGGACAAGACGCAGAUUGGCACGAAGAAGGUGGCUGUUAAAGCGGUCAGUCAAAUUGGGCAGUCGUCUGUCGGCAGCUCCGUGGUUCAACAGCAACCACUACAACAAAAACAGCUAACGGCCGUCGUGCAGGUGCUGAGGAAUAGUGCUGCGGUGGGCGGCAAGCCACGUUUAGCCGCGCCGGGAGGAUCGGCGCCAGCUCCUAGACUGGUUGCGCAAGCCGAAAAGGAGAAGGCGCAGCAACAGCAACACCAUCAGAGAGCGGUUGCUAUUUCGAAUGCAGCACGUCUGCCAGCUCCUUCUAUCAAAGCUGUGCAGAGGAGUUUUGCCGCCAAAGUGAGCGAGCACAUUGGUGCAGUCGCCACACAGCCACAGCCUCUCGCUCACCAGCAGACAGCGAUGCAAAUUCAGAAACAGCGCCUGAUGGCGGCGCCUGCCCCUCCGCCGGGCCCGAUUAGUCCGAACGCUGCGCUCCCGCUGCAUCAGCAAACUUCGACGCAAUCAUCUCCCAAGCACAAUUCGCGUCCAGCGCCCACGUCUUCGGCACCGCCCAAUAUGCAGCACGUGCCGCCACCGCCGCCACAUUCGCAAUCUGCGGCCAAAGCUUUUUCGCAAGCGAAUAUCGUCACCAGCCCCACCGGCGAACAGCAAGUGCUUAGUCAGCCCUGCAGUCCAACGCCGAGCAAACCCGAUGAGAGUGUGAGCACUCAGCUGUCGACCGCUACGUCCACGACGCAGAGCGUGUACACGCUCUUCAACGAUAUGGAGAAGCGGCCCAUUUGGCGGCACGAUACCGAAUCUCAGAAGCAGAACUUUGCUGCUGUUACCGGCGGCGGCGGCGGCGGCGGCAGCAGUGGCGGUGGCGCAGUUUCUUCGAGUGGGGCGCAGAUGCAGAACAAGUAUGAACAUCCAACGAACAUCAUCACCAUUGAUGCCUCCAAGGCGCCCGGCUAUCGUGGCAAUGCGAUGUGCUCUCCGGUAUCGUCCAAGACGAGCAGCAAUAGCACCACUCCACCCAACAGCAGCUAUCACUAUGAUAAACCACCACCGAUUGCGCCGAUUGGCAGCCAUAUCCCGCACAAUCGCCCGCCCAGCCAGAACCAAAAUCAGACCGAUUCCGUCGGCAGCCAUUACUUUGACCGGCCCCACAUGCCACUGCAGAUGCCGCCGUCAUUUGCGGCCGAUAUGAAUUCACAUUAUGGGUUCCAGCAGCAUCUCAACUUUGCUCAUGCGCAAGGCGGGCAGGACUCGCGCCUCAAUCCCAAGGCGCCCGACUUUCACGGCAAGCACCAAAGUCAUCAGAACCAGAAUGUCUACAACGGUUACAGCAACAUGUUUAAACCACCAAGCAUAUUUCACCAACAGCAACCGCCGCAACAGCAGCAACAGCAGCAGCAGAGUAACGCAAACGCGUGGGCGAUGCAGUUUAACCCCACCAAUGAGCAGCACCAAUUGAUGAAUGGCAUGGCGGGUAUGACGCUUCAGCAUAUUGCGCGUGCGACUGAUCCGAUGUAUGAGGUUAGUGCGGUCGUGGACACCUCGCCGACAUUGUCGCCCAAAUCUAUGAUGCAUUUUGGCGACCUCCAGCAGAUGGGAGGUGGAGGAGGAGGUGCUGGUGGUAUUGGUGAGGAUCGUAAACUGCCCCAACCUAUUGGCCCCAUCGGCAUCGAGCGUUCGAGGAAACUCAACCCCAACGAUAACAACGGCUGGAUCAAGGAGCGCCAGAAUACUAUGCAACAGAUGUGGCAGCAGAAUGCGCCCCGCAUUCCGAAUCCGAUUGAGCCGAGGGAGUAUAAUAUGCAGCAGCGUGCCGCCAAUCUUCCGCCGAUCUACGAUUACUACCAAGAGCACUCGAUUGGGGUGUUGAUGGAGUCGAAUAUGAACAUGCCCUACCCGUCGCCGCAUCACCAAUUGCCGAUGGCGUCCAAUUUGGGCUUGGAGUAUCCGCCGGAAUACAAAAUGACCACGUGGGAUUCACGUUCCAAUAAUGUCGAUAUGCAAGACAAGCAACAACAACUUGGAUGGUCUGGCGUAGCAAGCAACAAGUGGAGCUCGUAACUUGGAAUAACUGGCACAGGACGUUCCAACAAUAACAACAGCAACAAGAUGAACCGCGUAGAAUUUCAGUUUCGUUUAUCCAUUAUCUAAUAAUUUCACUCUUCAUUUCAAUCAUUUUUUGUGGAAUUUUUUUAUUGUGCAUGGGGCGUCUGGACCGUGAUGUAUCUAAAUGUUGCACGCGACACACAUACACACACUAAGCAGCCGACACCCGGCUCUGGUAGACGUAAUCCUUUAAUUACUACAUAACUAAAUGAAAAACACUAUAUAUAUAUAAUUAUAUUACUGAGGAGGUGGAAAACAUGAGUGCAGGAUGCAAGCGUAGUAGCAGAGCCGCUGUUUCUUUUUGUUAACGAUUGAUAUAUUUAUUUAUAUAUAUGCAUAUUUCUAUAUACAUAUAUAUUCGUAAAUAUAUUCAUAAUAUAGAAAAUAUAAAGCAUAAAAAUGAGAUGUAUAUUAUAUAUAUGAGAACAAUAUGAAAAUCAUGGAAAAUAAUGAUCGAAGCUAGUAGCAGGUGUGGCUGUCCACAUGAAUACAAUGGAAGUGCGGAAUGAUUUUACAUGAAUUAAGAAAUGCGAUUAUAUUGAGAUGGUGAAUAAUAUUCAGAAGAAGGGAGAGUGUCAGGAAGUUCUCACAGAACUUGUAGGGUUAUAUUAUACGGAUUAUGUAACAUUUGCUUGUACAUGAAGACUUAAGUAUAUCUUUAUGCACUGUA